UGGGAGGAGUCGACGCGCCGCGGGCAGGAAGAUGGCGAGCGUGCAGCUGGAGUUCCAGGCCAGCGCCGACGAGGCUGACCCGCAAAGCCGCCCGGUGCUGGUGCUGGGCCAGCUGCAGAAUCUGCACCGGCUGCCCUGGGCGCACGUGCGGGGCAAGCUGCAGCCGAGGGUCACCGAGGAGAUAUGGCAAGCAGCUUUAAAUACUUUGAACCCGAACCCCACCGACAGCUGUCCCCUCUACCUGAACCAUGCCACAGUAGCUGCUUUACCUUCCCGGGUGAGUCGACAUAACAGCCCGUCUGCUGCUCAGUUCCUGACCCGGGUUAUUCGAACAUGCUUGCCUGGAGGAACCAAAAGAUGCAUCCUUAUGGUGUGUGAGCGCUCAGAGGUCUUCGCUUCAGCUUGCGCCGUAGCUCGGGCCUUCCCACUCUUCACCCAUCGCUCCAGUUCUUCUAGGCGUACAGAGAAGAAGACCGUAGUUGUGGAGUUUUUCCUAAUUGGGCAGAACAACGGCCCGGUAGAGGUCGAGAUGUUGAAAUGUCUGGAAAGCGCUACAGAAGGGGUUAGGCUGGCAGCUCGAAUCGUUGAUACCCCUUGCAAUGAAAUGAACACUGACAGUUUCCUGGAGGAAAUCAGAAAAGUGGGAAAAGAUCUGGGGAUUGUUCCAACUAUUUUUCAAAAUGAAGAACUGAAGGAGAAAGGAUUUGGAGGCAUCUACGGGGUUGGGAAAGCAGCCAUUCACCCCCCUGCUCUAGCAGUGCUCAGUCAUACCCCAGAAGGUGCCACGCAGACAAUUGCCUGGGUUGGAAAGGGCAUUGUCUAUGACACUGGAGGACUCAGCAUCAAAGGAAAGACAACAAUGCCUGGGAUGAAACGAGAUUGCGGUGGAGCUGCUGCUAUUUUGGGAGCCUUCAAGGCCACUGUGAAACAGGGCUUUAAAGACAAUCUUCAUGCAGUGUUUUGCUUGGCUGAGAAUUCUGUUGGACCAAAUGCAACAAGACCUGAUGAUAUUCAUGUUCUUUACUCGGGAAAAACCGUGGAAAUCAACAAUACUGAUGCUGAGGGGCGGCUGGUACUUGCUGAUGGAGUCUCCUACGCUUGCAAAGACCUUGGCGCUGACAUCAUUCUUGACAUGGCCACUCUCACAGGUGCUCAGGGAAUUGCCACGGGGAAGUACCACGCAGCUGUCCUUACCAAUAGCGAAGAGUGGGAACAAGCCUGCAUCAAAGCGGGCAGAAACUGUGGUGAUCUGGUUCACCCCCUCGUCUAUUGCCCCGAGCUCCAUUUUAGCGAAUUUACCUCAGCUGUAGCCGACAUGAAGAACUCAGUGGCAGACCGGGAUAACUCUCCCAGCUCCUGUGCUGGACUUUUUAUCGCUUCACACAUUGGGUUUGAUUGGCCUGGUGUUUGGGUCCACGUAGACAUUGCAGCCCCAGUCCAUGCGGGAGAACGAGCUACUGGCUAUGGCGUGGCUUUGUUGCUGUCCCUCUUUGGCCGUGCCUCUGAAGACCCUCUGCUGAACAUGGUCUCUCCAUUGGGCUGCAGCGGAGACCCUUUGGAGGACGACAUGGGGAGAGAUUGCAAGAGACGGCGCUUGGUUUAAUUCCUUCCCUCCCCCUAUUUUGGAGCUGGCAUGCAAGAAUUACCUCACUUUGCACUGAUCAAUUUCCCAAACCCUAAAUUAGCAUGGGUCAGAAAUGGCCAUUUUAAGUAUAAAACGAAACAGACACAAAAGUUGCUGCUGCUUAUAUUCUGGUUUUUGAUCUCAUGAUGAUGAAAGGCCCAGUUGUACUGGUUUUUAAUAAUGGUUUGCAUUAGGGUUUAUUGCUAAUGCGAAACAACUUUGUGGCUCCCAGCCCUUGUUGAGAAGGGCCCGGGAAUGUUUCUCAUCUGUUCCCCUUUCAAAAAGUAUCUGAGCCUAUUAAUACAACCGCUUGACCUCUUACUACCUGUAGAGCCUUUUGAGUUAGUUCCCUGGAGUUUCACUUUGUCAGGGCUUUCUCAGUCUUCUGUCUUUCAAAAUAUAUAAAAUAGAGGGGAAAACACAAUGCAGUUGUUACCUUACAGUCUAGACCAGUGUUUCUCAACCAUGGCAGCUUUGAGGUGUGUAGACUUCAACUCCCAGAAUUCCCCAGCCAGCAUCAUUUUCCCUAGAGGCAAACACAAGGGCAACUCAGAUGGCUAGUCUCAUUCAGUCUCUGAGCAAACAUACAGACAUACAUGCAUACUGGGAAAAACUGGGAGUUGAAGAAACUGGGAGUUGAAGCCCACACAUCUUAAAGCCGCCAAGGUUGAGAAACACUGGUCUAGACCAAGUGCAUACUAUGUGGUUAAAGGCAGCAACUCUGCUUUCAGCCGUUCUGUCUCUGGACUCCUGUUCCCUUCUAUCCUGCCUAUUGGGGAACUCAACCUGCAGUCCUGUUUUUGUCCCCUACAGGUAGGUGAACAGGCCUAGAGAGGGAAGAGCUGGAAGGAACAGUUGACUGUCUUGCCCUGCGUAACACAGGGAAAUGUGAAGCCCUGCAUCUCCUUUAGUUGUAAGGUGGCAAUCCUGGGAUAAGAACCACUUUAGGCUCUGCUGUAUUUUAUGACAUUAGUGGAGGCCUUAAUCUCUUUUUUUUAAAAAAAAGGCUUUUAAACAAAAUUCUCCCUCAUAUGCGCCUCCUGCAUGAUUAUUUUAUCAGUGUGACCUAUUGCAUAUCUCCAUGAAGUUCUUAACACUCUUCUGCUCUUCUGCUGAUGAACUGCAUUAAUGUUUAGAAUUGAAGCCCAUGCGGGAGGUAACCACGCCAGAAUAAAGCUUCUCUUGCCUCAA